GCGGAGCGGUACCCGACACCACUGAGCAGCCGGCAAGCUCUAGCACUGUCUCCUUGGGCAGUUCAGCCAUCUCCAUGGUGACCAGUCCCGGGUCACCCAUUUGGCUUCCAAGCCCGCCGUUGCGUCAUUGUUAGGCGCCGGAAGCGAUCGUUCCUGCGCCGGGGCGUGGUGGCUUACACCCGGUCGGGGCCGGCGUCCUCGAAGUUAGACCGACCCGGGUCGGUUUCGGCCGGUGGGGGCCCCUAUCAGGCCCCAGAACUAUGGCGGUGUUUCACGACGAGGUGGAAAUCGAGGACUUCCAAUAUGACGAGGACCUGGAGACGUAUUUCUACCCCUGCCCUUGUGGCGAUAACUUCUGCAUCACUAAGGAGCAGUUUAUGUGUGGAGAAACAGUCCCAGCCCCUUCCACCAACAAAGAAUUAGUUAAAUGCUAAACAAGGACUUCCGGGAUCCAAAUCCCGAACAUUCAGGAAUGAGCCAAGCUGGAAAAAUCAAAGGCAAAGUUCCUGGCUUCCUCGUGGGACAACUGCUUUGUAGUUUGCUGCUGUGGAUUCUUUCCAUUGGAGUUCAUCUCCAAUUAAAGAA